AAAAGAGUUAAAUGUGGCGGUGAGGGUGGUUCACAUGGCUUGCUCGCUGUGCGAGAAGGUGCAAAAGCAGUUGAUUUUGACGAACUCCGAUCAGGUUAAAUCCAAGGAUGAUGAUUCCCUUGUUACUGUUGCAGAAACUUCGAACAAUAUAUACAUUAUAUAUUGUGGGUUCGCGCCGUGAUUAUUUGGCCAAUUAACAAUUCCUCUGAUAAAUGGACGCAUGGAGGGAAUAAAAAAAGAAGAAGAAAAACCCAUGUUUCUUCAAGCUGGGAGAAGUUAAUGUAGUCCUUGAGUCUUUUGUUGCUGUUUCUCUUUUUUUAGUGUUAGCUUAAUCUGGGUGUGUCCCAAGAUGGCGCUGGGUUAGGAGGAGUGGGAUUGUGUAAACCAAUCCUCUUGCUUGCUCGAGGUUCUCGAUACUGUUCAUCAACAGUGGAAUCGUGGGAGUUCCUUAGUCAGAUGCUGAAGACUGGAGCGUGCAAGCGACAGUAAGCUGGAUGCUCUCCAAAGCUCUGGGUAGCCACAUUUCCAUUGUUGCUGAAGAAGAUACUAAAAGUUUAUCCAGGCCUGAGUCAUCAUCUCUGUUGGGAAGGGUUGUCGAUGUGGUAAAUGAAUGUUUGGCUGACGCAACUAGGUUUGGUCUUCAAGGUCCUGACAAUGCACUUAGUGCUUCUCAAGUUCUAGAUGCAAUCAGUCGGUGUAGCUCCCUUGGAGGGCGUGCAGGCCAACAUUGGGUCCUUGAUCCAGUUGACGGGACACUAGGUUUUGUUCGUGGAGAUCAGUAUGCUGUUGCCCUUGCUAUGAUUGAUGGUGGAGAUGUCAUAAUUGGAGUGCUCGGCUGCCCUAAUUACCCAAUGAAGGACAAUGGCCUAAAAAAGUACAUUCAACAAAACCUUAUCUUGUCAAAUAAACCUUCUGGGGAAGUGGGAUGUGUGAUGUACACAAUGAAAGGCAGCAGAAAAGCUUGGAUGCAACCCUUAAUUCAUCAUGAUGAGAUGCUCGAGUGGCCGAAUUCUGCAAAACCUAUUCAGGUUUCUUCCAUUAGCAAUCCUGCACUAGCAACAUUCUGUGAGCCAGUGGAAAAAGCUAAUUCGGAUCAUUCAUUUGCUGCUGGAAUCGCCUGCAAUGUUGGGCUGAGAAAGAAGCCCUUGCGUGUUUACAGCAUGGUUAAAUAUGCUGCCAUAGCCAGAGGAGAAGCUGAAAUUUACAUGAGAUUUGCAAGGUCAGCAUAUAAGGAGAAAAUAUGGGAUCACGCAGCAGGUGUUCUCCUUGUGCAAGAGGCUGGUGGUGUGGUCACUGAUGCAGGAGGGCAACCUCUCGAUUUCUCCAAAGGAAUAUACCUAGAAGGGCUUGACAGAGGCAUAAUUGCUUGUUCGGGGCAUCAGUUGCAUGAGAAACUAAUAGGAGCUGUUUAUGCUAGCUGGGAAUCAUCUAACUUGUGAGCUCUCCUCAGCUUAGCAACCAAACUGGAUAUAAAGAUACUAUCUCACAACUGACUGCAAGGGUGAGGAAGUCGGUUGAUGGAGUUGUUUGCUUAUUUGGUUUACUCAACGCAAGAGAUGAGUUGCUGCUGCAUCCGGGAAGCGCCUCUGGAGAUGCAAGGAGAGCCAUUUCGAAGAUGAACGGCGGAGACGCGUGGCUUUGCUGGUGGCGGAAGCCUUUUAUCCAUAUUUUUCAAGUAGAUUUUUGGAGGUGGUGCAGAAUUAGGAGCAGCGAUGGGUUUAUGAAGGAAACUGGGAGACGUGUAAUGAAUUCAUAUUAUAUAUGGAAAUUGGAAUGCCUCGUUUUUCAAAUAUUUGACUCGGACGUGAUGAAAACACGGUAUUAGUUGACCAUCUCAAA